AUGUCGGAGUUAAAAGAUUUUUGUUGUGUAUGCGUUAAAAAGUAUCCCCAUUUAGAAAACAUCAACGAAUCUGACGAAAAUGCUAUAAAAUAUAAAGAAAAACUAUCAUUAUGUACAAAGGAACAGAUAUGGAGUGAAAGUUACAAUAUUUGCAAAAAUUGCAUUGAAAAAUUGGAUUCAGCCUACAGUUUUAUCCAAGCUUGUUUACAAAGCGGGGAAUUAAGAAAAGAACAACUAAGAAUAUUAACAGAACAAAAAAAUACUACUCAAAAAGAAUUUAUUUGCCACAAAUGUAAUAAAAAAUUUAAACAGAAGCGGUCUUUAACAAUCCAUUUAAAAAAAUGUCAUAACACCAUAGCUGCAGAAAUUCCUAAGUUAGAAAAUAAUAUUCAACAAGAAUUUAUUAAAAAAGAGGAAGAUGUUUUUAGUGAAAAUGAAGAAAACUUGAAUUAUUUCAGUGAUGAAGAAAUUGAAGUUAAAGUUGAAAAACGUUCUAGUAACAGUAAAAUUUCCCUAACGUGUGAAUAUUGCGGAAAAACGUUUAACAGAAGGCAACAUUAUGCAGCCCAUAUAAGAUCGAAACACACAUUUGAAAAACCAUACAAGUGUGAUUUGUGUGAUGCAAAAUAUGCAACUUCUCACAGUUUAUUAGUACAUAAAAGAAAUCAUAACAAUGAAAAACCUUUUAUCUGUUCAUAUUGUGGUAAAAGCUUUGUAUGUUCAGGUGACUUGUACCACCACAGCAAAAUUCAUCUAAAUAAAAGAGAAUAUAAAUGUAAUCUGUGUGAGAAAAGUUUCAAUACAGCAAGUAUUCUAAGAACUCAUAAAAUUUGCAUGCAUUCUGAUCCGAAAAACUGGAAAUACAUUUGUAAAUUUUGCGAUAAACGUUUUCCAAUAAACUCGAGCUUGGUGACGCAUCAAAAACGGCAUAUUGGCGUUAAAAAAUUUACUUGCCACAUCUGCGAUAAGAAAUUUUUUGAUAAAUCGGAAGUUUCCAAGCAUCUAAAAAGCCAUUCCAGUGAGAGAUUCUUCAAGUGUAAUCUCUGUGAAGGUAAAGAGUACAAAAACAACUACGGGUUGAAAAAGCAUCUAAAAAUUAUCCAUGACAUCGGGACUAUAACUAUUGUUAAACCUGAAAAGAAGUUUUCUUGCCCUGUGUGUCCUAGAGUUUUCGCUUUUAACAAUAAAUUGCAGAAACAUUUAUGUACACACACAGCCUACAGUUUUAUCCAAGCUUGUUUACAAAGCGGGGAAUUAAGAAAAGAACAACUAAGAAUAUUAACAGAACAAAAAAAUACUACUCAAAAAGAAUUUAUUUGCCACAAAUGUAAUAAAAAAUUUAAACAGAAGCGGUCUUUAACAAUCCAUUUAAAAAAAUGUCAUAACACCAUAGCUGCAGAAAUUCCUAAGUUAGAAAAUAAUAUUCAACAAGAAUUUAUUAAAAAAGAGGAAGAUGUUUUUAGUGAAAAUGAAGAAAACUUGAAUUAUUUCAGUGAUGAAGAAAUUGAAGUUAAAGUUGAAAAACGUUCUAGUAACAGUAAAAUUUCCCUAACGUGUGAAUAUUGCGGAAAAACGUUUAACAGAAGGCAACAUUAUGCAGCCCAUAUAAGAUCGAAACACACAUUUGAAAAACCAUACAAGUGUGAUUUGUGUGAUGCAAAAUAUGCAACUUCUCACAGUUUAUUAGUACAUAAAAGAAAUCAUAACAAUGAAAAACCUUUUAUCUGUUCAUAUUGUGGUAAAAGCUUUGUAUGUUCAGGUGACUUGUACCACCACAGCAAAAUUCAUCUAAAUAAAAGAGAAUAUAAAUGUAAUCUGUGUGAGAAAAGUUUCAAUACAGCAAGUAUUCUAAGAACUCAUAAAAUUUGCAUGCAUUCUGAUCCGAAAAACUGGAAAUACAUUUGUAAAUUUUGCGAUAAACGUUUUCCAAUAAACUCGAGCUUGGUGACGCAUCAAAAACGGCAUAUUGGCGUUAAAAAAUUUACUUGCCACAUCUGCGAUAAGAAAUUUUUUGAUAAAUCGGAAGUUUCCAAGCAUCUAAAAAGCCAUUCCAGUGAGAGAUUCUUCAAGUGUAAUCUCUGUGAAGGUAAAGAGUACAAAAACAACUACGGGUUGAAAAAGCAUCUAAAAAUUAUCCAUGACAUCGGGACUAUAACUAUUGUUAAACCUGAAAAGAAGUUUUCUUGCCCUGUGUGUCCUAGAGUUUUCGCUUUUAACAAUAAAUUGCAGAAACAUUUAUGUACACACACAGGUGAUAAACCUUUUAAAUGUCAAUUCUGUAAAAAGGGUUUUGUUGAAAAUUAUUAUAGAAAACUGCAUUUGCAGAAGAAACACAAUGUGGAAUCUGCUGAUUAG